GCCCCGACGCGCUCCGGUUCCGCUUUCUGGCCGGGCGGCGGCAGCGGAGCUUCCGGUACGCGGCGUCCAGGCCCGGGCCCGCCGGCUUCCGCCCGGGCGCGGUGGCUAGGGCCGCGAUGAGCUUGGUGGUCAGGAACCUGCAGCGGGCGGUGCCCCUGAGGCGGGCGCGGCUCCGCGAGAAGGUGCAGGCGGUGCGGAGAGCCCUGGGGGUGCAGAGGUUCGACCUGGGGGUCGUCUGUGUCGACAACAGAAAGAUUCAGCAGAUUAAUAGAAUCUACAGAGACAAAAAUACCCCAACAGAUGUGCUUUCCUUUCCAUUUCACGAGAAUCUGAAAGCAGGCGAAAUUCCCCAGCCUGAUUUUCCAGAUGACUAUAAUUUAGGAGACAUUUUCCUGGGAGUGGAGUAUAUCUUCCAGCACUGCAAAGAAAAUGAAGAUUACUAUGACAUCCUGACUGUGACUGCCACCCACGGGCUCUGUCACCUGCUGGGCUUCACACACAGCACGGAGGCCGAGUGGCAGAAGGUAGGAGCCAUCCCCUGUCCCCAGCACACACACACAGGGGGCAUUGCAGCCCAAGGCCCCAGGAACCGGGGCUGCACCAUCUUCCCCUUGCAGUCAAGUAUGAAAACCAAAUGGAGAAAUGCACUGAAAUAAGGAACUUAUAAUGCCUGCUUUAUAAAAAAGACAGUGUUUGUCUUAAAUAUUGGACUCUCUAAAUGCUGUUAACUGCAUUAUUUAUUCCCUGUUGAAAGAAAGGUCUGAGGAGAGACACUACAUUCCAUAAAUUCUAUAAAAUUCAAAUGGCUUAAAGUUAAAAAAAACCUUUACAAGAGACAUUGUGAUGGUAUUUGUCAAUGGAAACAGGAUUUAGAGCGUGCAGGUGUCUGAUCCAGACCAGUGAGGUAAAGUUCUGCGGCAGUUUGUUUCCUGGAAGGCUGCCAGUGUUUUCUGUCUGUGAAGGUCUGUGUUGGUAGAUGCACCGUAUUGUGUUUUAUUAACUUGAAUUAUAUUCGUAAUCAAACGGGUUCCCUGAACAGCAUAGAAGAAAAGCAUUUUUUCCUUAACAAGGUAGUCUCCGGGCAGUGGGCCUCUCCCCGGCCUUCCUAGGCUGCUGGGUCCACACCUGCCACACCCUGGCUCCGCCUCGCCCCCCACCCCCCACCCCAGCCCUGCUGUGGCCGCCUGGCUCCCCUCUUCAGCCCCACUGCUUCCCACACACCGGCAGCAUCUCAGGAAAGCCUCCAGCGUGCUUCCACCAGCCUGCCCUUUCCCCGGGGGGCCGUCCUCACACACCCCCUCCGGUGCUUUCAGGGCCGGGCCACCCAGUCUGGCCCCUUCUCCUGCGACCCAGGCAGGCACUCCUCUUCAUACACGAGACCACCACCUCAGCACCUGGCCCCAGCCCCCUGCUGGUUGCAGGGUUCACACGCCACCGCCACCGGGCAGCACGUCGUCAGUGCUCCCUGUGCACUGGGACCGCGGCCUGCCUUGGGCUGUGUGGGAGGCCCCGGGCCUCAGGGAGGGAGCCCCAGGGCCCGCGGAGGCUGGGCCAAUCUGGAGCUGUUCCCAC